AUGUCGAAUCUCACCAACAGCUCACCAGCCGACGAGUUCGAGCUUUACGACCUCCGAGUUGAGGUCGUCUGCCCAGAGGGCGGGAGAAUUCUCUGUGGUGCUAAGCCAGGAGACCAUUUCACCCUGCAGGGUGAGAUGAUGUAUCUGCCGCCGGACCAGGGGGUGAGCAUAUAUAGUCUCUCGGCGGUGCUGCCUCUCCUUGCGGCGAAACAGAGAAUGACGCAUGCCCACGACUGGAUGAGCACCGAUGCUUUGAUCGCGUGCCCAGAUCCGAACUGCAAGUCUCAGUUGAAGAUUAUCCGGACGGGGAUUCGCAAGUUCAGCCAUGCGGUAACCACUGUUGUGGGCUUGGAAGGGAAUUCGUAG